AUGUUAAAAAAACAAUAUUCAUCGUUUUUUUUGGCACUUGUUAUGAUAUGCAUUACACGUACAGCUCUUGCGGUUGAAGUGAAAACUUCACUUGGUCUAAUACCUUCACCUGAUAUACCUGGUAUUCCGAAAGAAGGAAAUGAUUAUUCAAAGUUAUUAGCUUAUUCUUUAUAUUUCUAUGAGGCACAAAGAAGUGGAUACUUACCUCCAAAUAAUCGUGUAUCUUGGAGACAUAAUUCUGCGCUUGAAGAUGGGAAGGAUAGAGGCGAUUACGUAAAGUUUACUUUGCCAUUAUCUUGGACACUAUCUGUCAUUUCAUGGGGUGCAAUCGAAUGGUUUGAUGGAUAUCAACUUUCAAAUCAAACUGGAUAUCUUCAUGAUAUGGUCAAAUGGGGAACAGACUGGUUGAUAGAAGCCCAUGCUAAACCUGAUCAACUUUUCAUCCAAGUUGGUUCAAGUACUGUUGAUAAUAAUUAUUGGGGACCUGAUACUAAUAUUCCGUAUCCACGUCCUUCCUAUGAUGUUAAUUCAACAGUACAUGGUACAGAUACAGCCGCAGAAACUGCUGCGGCUUUCGCUUCCUCGGCAGUUUUAUUUCGAGAUUUUUUUAAAGAUACUGCUUACGCCAAUACAUUAAUGUCCCAUGCUAUAAACGUUUAUUCUUUUGCCGAAACUCAAAACCUAACAUUGUCUACAAUCUCCACCAAUGGAAUCUAUGGAUAUAGUACUUCAGAAUUCUAUGACAAGCUGGUUUGGGGAGCUCUUUGGUUAUAUCGUCUCACUAAUCAGUCUCAAUAUUUAGAUAAAGCAAUAAAUUAUUAUAGCUCAUACAAAAACAAAUCAUAUGCUACAAGAGUUAUGACAUGGGAUGAUCAAAUAGUUGCAAUUGACUAUAAUUCCGCAUUUCAAGGUAUAAUAGCUUAUUAUGUUAUGGACACGUAUGUCCCACCACCAAACCAUCCGGAUGAACCAAUAAAUCCAGAAAAUCCAAUUCCUGCAUCAUUUCAAAAUACAAAAACUAUAAUUAUAAUUGUUGCCU